CCCGCAUCUCCAAAUCACCUCAAGAUCACGAAUUGAUACAACGGACUUUCUCCCCUUCGCAAAGUCUAUAUGAUGACUAUAUCCACGCUAUCCUAAUCCUACCCAAACCACUUAACCACAUCGCCCCUACAAACUCUCCCACAAUGCCAAGCGACGCGCCGAUGCCGUCCUCAUUCGACGAGAAUGAGGACUUCUACAACGAAUCCCGCGCCGACAAACUUCUCCGCCUCCUCAAACAAGACCCCCUCGUCCCCCUCGGCUGCGCCCUCACCUGCUUCGCGCUGUACGGCGCCGCCUCCUCCCUCCGCCGCGGCGACUCUGCGCGCGCGAACAUCAUGUUCCGACGGCGGAUCUACGCGCAGGGGUUCACGCUGUUCGCGGCGGUGGCGGGGUCGUAUUACUGGGCAGACGACCGGACGAAGCGGCAGCAGUACGCGAAGUUGCAGGAGGAGCGGGCGGGGAAGGAGAAGCAUGAUAGGUGGAUUAGGGAGUUGGAGGCGAGGGAGGAGGAGGAGAAGGAGGAGAGGGAGAGGGUG